GUGAACUGAACUGGAAAAACAGCUGUCGCCUUAAGUGCACUGCGGCAUUAAACAAAUUAGUUGUUAAACAAAAAUAAAAAACUGCAUUUUACGCCUUAAUACUUAGAUGGCUUUUUAUUACCUGUAACAAAGACUACAAAUUGCAAUGGAUUCCUCCCCUUGCUGCGUACUCUGCAUGUGCGAGUAUUCGGCAAUGAUGGGGGACUAUAUAGACGUGCACUCCGCUCGAGCCAUCCAACUGGAGGUGGCCAGGAUCGUCAACCAGCACUUUCCCUUCCAGAUCUCCAAGGAAAGUCACGAAAGGAUCUGUGGACGGUGCUGGAAAACUGUCUCCGAUUUUCACACAUUGCACGAGUUCGUUAGUGCUGCACAGAAUUCGUUGCAGGAAACUAAAGUGCUACUCAUGGAGGAUGAUCCUCUCACACAGGGAACUUCCACUUUCCCAGAGGUUCUGAAACUGCCAGGCCAGGAGCAGGAGGACGAGCGGCUGCCGGAGUCAGCGGAACUUGGCGGGCGGAACUUUUUCUACCCAGAGAUCAAAAUAGAGGAGCACGAGCUAGACCAUCUACCCCGCAUCGAGAUUCUGGAGAGCACAGCCAACACACAAGGAUCCCAGGACCAACAGGAGGGUAGUGCCAGACGUUUGAGGAAGAGGUUGAAGGCAGAGGAGGGAUCGCUUGGGGAUAACGGGGAUGAUGAGGAUGUCAUAGAUUCAACUGUAGAGCCUGCUCCGCCCAAAAAGCGACGUGGUCGUCCUCGAAAAGCAGACGCAGCUAUUGCACCAAGCCAGAAGCCGAAGGAGGACAUAAAACUUGACCUUAAGGCAGAAGAGCUGGACGAGUUAAUGGAUGAGGCCACCGAUCCUGACUUCUCAUGCAACCUAGACGACGGAUUGGUGCCCACCGAUAAUUCCUCCGAGGACGAAGGCAGUGGUGGCUUCGACUCCGAUUCAGAUUUCGAGCUGGACAAUUCGGGAAAGCAGGAGUUUGCUGUGCUCCCCAAGAGAACAGUUGUGCGUCCCAAAAAGUACAAGAAGCGAACGAAACCGGCGGAGCCGAAAGUUCGCAUGUCCCGAGAGCUGCUGGAACAGCGCAAGAAACAGCAGGAGGAGUACGACGUCAUCAUCGCCAAGUUCUUUACCAGCGUGCUGCCGUGUGCCAUCUGUAAUCUGCUCGUGCACAAUUUCACUGAGAUGCAGCGCCACCACCGACUAACCCACCAGGUUGAUCCCGGUUACAUGAUGUGUUGCGGCCGCAAGUUCACACAACGCAAAGUGCUGGCCGAGCAUGUGCUCGUCCACUGGAACCCGGAUCAUUUCAAAUGCGGUGUAUGCGAGAAAUCAUUCCAGAAUUCGAGGCACCUAGAAUCCCACCAGCAGGUGCACAUGGAUCCAGCCAUUAAGCUGACCUUUAGCUGCGAUCUUUGCUCGAAGACCUUCCUCAGCAAGACAGCUAUCGACUACCACAAGCUAAACAAGCAUGUGCCCAAGUCGGAGUUCAAGUUCACCUGUUCAGAGUGCAAUAAAAAAUUUCUUACCGAGCGUAAGCUAAAGAACCACGUGAGUUCCAUGCAUGACCCAGAGAGCACUAUCAUCUGCGACAAGUGCGGCAAGCAGAUGCGCACCAAGAUCAUCCUGAAGAAGCAUCAGGAGCUGAUGCAUUCGGACAAACCCCGGCCGGAGCCGGAACUGAAACAGUGUCAGAUUUGCGGAGCUUGGCUUAAGGGCAUGACCGGUCUAAAGCAGCACAUGAAGAGCAUCCAUGUAGAAAGUGCGGGAGAGCAUCGCUGUCACAUUUGCGCCAAGGUGUCACCGAACGCCAGAGCUCUCAGGCGACACAUCUACCACAAUCACGAAUGCGAACGGAAGUUUAAGUGUACCAUGUGCGAGAAGGCAUUCAAACGCCCGCAAGAGCUGAAGGAACACACAUCUACUCACACUGGAGAGGUACUCUACACCUGUCCCAACUGCCCGAUGACGUUCUUCUGCAGCGCCAACAUGUACAAGCAUCGUCAGCGAUUGCAUCGCGCCCAAUACGAGGCAGACAAGAAUCAGCCCAAGCCUCCUAAUAUCCUAAAGAUAUCGCGAAACGCCUCCUCGCAAAAUAAACCCAAGCAGGAGAUCUAGCACGUAAAAGAAAUUAUAUAAAAUAUUGAACGCCAUUUUCACUUUCACAGAAUUUGGUCGACUCUAAAUUAAAAUUGUUUUAAUGCUAUGAAUCAUCUAGUUUUCCAUAUUCAUAAAUAUUUUCCAAUUAUUUCUCUGCAUCGAAAAGAGAAUUCAAAAGACUAUUGUGAGUCAAGAUAAUUCGAAUGAAGUCUGUGAAAGUAAAAAUCCAUUUAGCGUUUUGUACAUUAGUUUUAAG